CCCGGCAGGCCGCAUGCAAUCGCCGCCAACGCACGGAAACAUCCAGGCCCCGGUCAAGCCUGUCAGUGGCGGCGAGAGCUAUCAUAGUAGAUGCGCUGGUCCAAUCGGAACGGCGCUCGCUUCACACUCGAGAACACUCACGGCUGCAUAUAAACCCCACCAGCGCGCCCAACAUCAGAGGACAGCUGGAUAGUAGCUACCCCUCCCCUCCCGACCUUAAGCUCCCGACAUCUCCACCACCAUGUCCGCCACCCUCGGCCAACAACUACUAACGUACUUCGCCGGGCCGACCCUAGCCACCCUCACCUCGCACGCGAGCGAGAUCCCCAAAGCGCUUGACGCCUUGCAGCACACAACACACUCAGCGGAGCAGACGGCGGCGCAGAUCCGCGAGGUCCUCUCGAAUCCUGGCGGCGGGCUCAGCGGGCAGCCCACCAUCCCGCGCGGGGAGUUUACGCGCAAGCUCGCGGGUUUCUAUGCCAGGGUCUUUCCUGGACAUCAUGUGCUGGUUGUUUAUGAUAGGUCGGCCAGGCUGGUGAGCUUGAAGGGGGUCCUGGGGGGGAAUGGGAGGUAUGUUGCUGGGCCCACGGAGAUGUACACGUGCCAUAAGAAGGUUCAUCGGGGGAGGGGUAGGUUGGGGUUGUGGGGGUUUCAUUGCUGGGUGUUUAAAGAGGGAGAGUUUGAGCUGUUGGGCGACGGAGGCUUCGUCAACUGGUGCUUCGAGAGCCCGAGUUAUACGCGAGACGGGAAGUCGGUGUCGUUUCAUAAGCUCGAGUGAUUAAGGAAAUCUACGGACGUGCGGAUGGUCUGCUGGGUCGUGGGGAUAUAUGGGUUGGGUUGGCUGGCUUCCUUUUUUUCUUUUGCGAAUUGCGGAUUGCGUUUCUUUGGUGUUUGCAGAGUGGGUAGAAUACAAUGCAUAUGGGAU